CAGCAAAGAUGCUGCGAUUGUUGUCACCAGCCACUUUUACGCAAAUAAUAUUUGAAUUUGUGAUUAUUAGUUAAAUUAAUUAGUAAUAUAAUUUAUGGAACUCAUCAGCAGGAGUUAAAAAGUGAAUAAAUCGUGAGACAUUGUUAAACAUAACGUUUAAAUGGCUAAUUUGUGAGCGCGUCCUAAACAGCUGGUUACGCAAAUCCAUCGACUGGGUUCAAUAGAGUUCAACAAAUUUUUUGGGACUAUUACGUGUGUCGCCGGCGGCCAGAAGUUCAAGUGGUGUGCGUGAGUUUCUAAACCAAAAAAAAAAAAAAAAAUUUACAAAGGCUGCCAAAGAAACGCACAAAAAACUCUCAGUGUGUGCCUGACGAUCAAACGCAGACGACGCUAGCGGAGCGUAUGUUUUGUAUAUAAACAAACCUUCAAAAUAUUCAUCAUGAUGACGCUGUGGCCAAUGGUUGUAUUAACGCUGGCCAUACUGGCUGCCGUUGGACCAAUGCCCACCCAUGGAGCUGUGGCAAGUCCCCACAAGCAUGAGAAGCAUACGAGUAAGGAACGUAUUAAGGAUGGUGUCUAUGUGCCGCGCGAUGCGCACCAUCACGGCGAGCAUGGCGAGCAUAAUGUGGAGUUUGAUCAUGAGGCGAUUAUAGGCAAUACAAAAGAAGCGCAGGAGUUCGACACAUUAACGCCGGAAGAGUCCAAAAGACGUCUAGCCAUUCUCAUACGCAUGAUGGAUUUAAAUAAGGACGAGUAUAUCGAUCGUCACGAAUUGAAAGCAUGGAUAUUAAGGUCUUUUAAAAAACUGUCUGAGGAAGAGGCCGCAGAUCGAUUUGAGGAAAUCGAUUUGGAUGGCGAUGAUAAAAUUACUUGGAAAGAGUACUUGCUGGACACCUAUGCCAUGGAGGAUGAAGACUUCAAAAAGGAAGUAAUUGAUUUCGAUAGCUACGAAGAUGAGCAGAAUAUGAUUAAGCAGGAUAAAGAAAUGUUUAAUGCCGCCGAUGUCAACAAGGAUGGCGUACUCACAAUGGAGGAGUAUGUUUAUUUUCAAAACCCCGAAGAGCAUCCACAAAUGUUGCCCAUUUUGCUAGAGCAUACGAUGCAGGACAAGGACACCAAUCACGAUGGCAAAAUCGAUUUUCAAGAGUAUGUUGGCCAGGCGGCUGCGCAUCACGACAAGGAAUGGCUGGUGACGGAAAAGGAGCGCUUUGAUAAGGAUCACGAUAUCAACGGCGAUGGCAUGCUCACGGGCAAUGAGGUUUUGUCUUGGAUUGUGCCCAGCAAUACGGCGAUUGCCAGCGAUGAGGUCGAUCAUUUAUUUGUCUCUACGGAUGAGGAUCACGACGAUCGGUUAUCGUAUUUGGAAAUCCUCAACAACUAUGACACAUUUGUGGGCAGCGAGGCAACCGAUUAUGGUGAUCAUUUGCAAAACAUUAAUCAUCUGUCUGAUGAGCUGUAAUUCCCAUUGGACAUAUCGCGUGACAUUUGCUAGAGCAAUUGUAUUUUAUUCAUUUUAGUUAGUAUAAAUGUGUUUUAUUCAUGCCAAUUUAUUCUGCUCUUCACACACUUGAUCAUAAGCAAAAAACUAUACUGUAUGUAUGUAUUAAUUUAUAUAGACACCAAAAAGAGAAUCUGCAAUAUUUAAACAUAGCAUACGAACACGUAUUUAAUAAUAAUUUUUACUAAAUUAUUUACCUGUUUGUGUUCUUACAUGUAUAUUGUUUUGUAUUAAUAUUGUAUGAGCUUAAAUGUUAUACAUAGCUAAAUUGAGAUCGGUCAACAUUUUUUCUUUUUGACUAGAAUGCAACUAAAAUCGAGUUUUACAAUUUAAUGCUAUUAGCGGAUUAAUGGUCUACCAAUUUUAUACAAUUUGGAUUCCACACGUGUUUUCUUUGACUAGAUUUCACACUCGUACCAAAAUACAUAUAUUUAUAUACUUAAAACUAUGUAUUAUUAUAUAGCGUACUUAUAUUGAAUAUUAUUAUGUAUAUUA